UCUCGAUGUCGGCGCGGCCGCUCCUCCGAGGGGUCUCCCCGCUCGGCGCGCCGUGUUUUUGUUGGACUAUUUCGUUCCGCGGGACGUGAAGUCUCUGUUUGAGGAAGUGCUCGCGCGUACACAGGAAGCGAACCUCUCCUCUCCUUCCUCCCCGAGUCGGAGCGCGCGCGGCGCAUCGCGUCCCGCGCUGCCCAAACAUUCGCCGACUCGCCGUCAGCGAAGAAAGUCGGCCGGUUUUCGGGGAUCCGACCGCAACCACGUGGACUACGUGUGCCCGCCCCGUCGUGAGUGCGCCGCGACGACGGACAGUGCUUGCCGUCUGGGAGUGUGUAACCCCGUGUGUUUGUGCUGUGUGUGCCCCCGCGGGAGGGAGGGCACGUGGAGUCGUCUGCCUACGCACCGGUGCCCCAUAUCGUAUGAUUGUGGAAGCGUGGUCACUGGUGCGCGCGACCACCCGUGGGGACGACCGGUUCGAACGUGGGUCUUUGGAGCGCGUACGCGCUCUUCCCCAGCAUGUACCGCUACUACUCUUCCCAGUGAGGUAGAGCCCGGAUGUAGCCCUUCGUUUGGUUCUCUAAGCCGGGAAAGACUUGGGGACAAGUGUUAACGUAGAAGCUGCGACGUUUCCCACGAAGUGAUGCGCCGAUGAACCUUUGUGUGAUCGUCGGAAGGAUAACACCUCGAAGCUUUUGUGACACUGCGUUAGACAAGAUUUCACGUGCGCGCGAUUCGGGCAAGGCUUUGUCGCCACUGAAUUCCAUGGACAAGAAGGAACAGGAUUGAAUGUUCGGUGAUUGUAACGGUCAUGUUGUGAAGAGCACGCACGUUGCAAAACUCUUUCUUAGCACUGCAAUCGAAAGAGUACGCCCCCUUGAACAAUUGCACCGAAGACGAGCGCUACACGCCGAAGUGACCGGAAGUAGCAUGGUCGGUUUCUGGGAGAGCCGUUGUUGCACCGAGGGAACCGUUGCGUUACAAUGAAUGGAGAUUUUUUAGAGAUUGCGUCAGCGGCGAUAGCUAUAUUGCCGUAUCAUGAUUCGAGAGCCGUUCGAGCACAGCGUACCACAUUGAGGUAAUAAAAGUCUCAAACGACGUCCAAAGACUUUAUCGCUUGGUUGUCUUCUCCCGAGCCUGCCCUUUCUCAAGAUGAAGUGCAGUUCGUGCUCGGCGGAAACCGUUAUCUGAGUUCAUCAUCAAUAAGAAGCCAACGCAAAAGGAAAAAAAACAAAACAACAAUAACUCUGUUUAAUCGCUUUUUUUUUUUCCUAAAAAAGAAGGCAAAAAGGUGACUUUUCUUUAAGUCACUGCACCCCCCAGAGUCUGACUAAACCAAGCGUUCGUAAACAAACUCAGUGGAACUCGUUCGCGAAGAUUGAAGGCAGGAAGUAGUAUGCCAAAACGUCUCAGAGGAAGAGGGUAUGGGCAGGAACUAGUGUCGGAAACUUUUCUGUGCUUAUCCUUCCGCGACGAGGUGGGACAACCUGCAGCAAGCAUGGAUUUCUCGCGGAAUUCGUCGUGAUCGGGCAAGCGAGACUCUCGGUCCUUCCCGUCAGCGAGGGACAGGAUCAUUCUCUGUUGUCCCCCAUGGCUUCUGUGCGCGGCGGAAGGCCGGGACUCUUGACUGUGCUGCCGCUUUCGUCGACCUAUUCGACCGCCCUGUGGGAACUCGCACGUCGCGGUGGCCUGAACAGAUCCAGCACGACCACGACGUUGCCCAAGUUGAGAUCUUCCACCGACGGCAAGUUGGAACGCCUGCUGCAGUAUGAGCAGUACCUGUCGCAGCUGGCAUCAGCGACACCCAAACACCACCCCGACUACAACGAUCUCUCCAAAGCAGCGCAGAAAGCCAAAAGCAUGGUGAGGCGGGGCGACUCGAGCAAAGAGGAAACGGACCUGGACCGGAUUCAGGAUCUGUUUCCGAGCGACAACCUCCGAUUGCACGACCGAGAUCCUCUGUCCCCGCGGAAGGGAUUGCUUCGCACAAAAUCGGCUGCGGCCUCCAAACUACACCGAGCGCUUUCGGGAAAGUCCAAAUCCGUCAGCGACAUGGUGUCGCCUAGCAAGGACGGCGGCGUCAUGGUCGUGGACGGAGGACGGUUGGGAGGAAACUGGGUCCGCUACUUCAUCAUGGACGGACCGGCUCAGUUCUCGAUUGGUCUCCAAAACCAGGAGCGACACCUGUUCCUCCUCAGCGAUGUCUUGCUAAUCGCAAAACCAAAGUCGUCUGGGAGCUACAAGCUGAAAGAGAAGGUUCGAACCUGCGAGAUGUGGCUCUCCAACUGCCUGGCGGACGUGAGCGAGUCGACCAGAUCCGUCGACACGUCUUUCGUCAUCGGCUGGCCCACGACCAACGUCGUCGUUACCUUCAGCUCUUCAGCGACGCGGGAUUUGUGGCACAACCAGUUCACGCAGCUUAUUGCUGACGCAAAAGAGAGAGAAGGGCGACAACUCCUUACAUUGCAAAUCAGCUACUGGGACCCCAUAUCUCAACAAGACUAUCUUGAGACCAUUGAAGUCAACAACACACACAGCACCAAGGACUGCAUUUUCCUUUGCACCCAGAAGCUUGAUGGGUCCUUCAACUCUGAGGAGUUCCAGCUGUGGGUCAAGAGUGGCAAGGAGGAGUCUCCCUACCCACUAAUCGGCCACGAGUACCCAUACUGCAUCAAGAUGAACUUCAUGCGGGAGUUCAUGCAGAGCUCCAACCUCGAUCUGUCCUGUCUCUCGGACGUCAUCAACGCCACCAAAUGUGUCUUCAUCCUCAGGAGAAACUACCACAAGGUCACACUCAAUGAGGCUGAGAAGCCCAAGAAAGCUCGAAGACCUACCAUCAUCAACUGGCCAUUCAAGAAAGCACCUUCCAAGCAGUCCUCUACAGACUCUGGUGGCAGCGUGUCCCCCGUUGUGGGCAACCUGUUCGGCCAAGAGCUGAGCAAAAUCUCUCCAAGUGGAACACUCCCCAAGCCUGUCAUGAUGCUCCUGAAGCAGCUUUUUCUGCGAGGACCCUUCACGUACGGCAUCUUCAGAAAGUGUGGGAACGUCCGUUCGAAGCGGGAACUUCAGGCACGGCUUGAAGAGGACCCGGACUACAACCUCAGCGACGUUCCGAUUCAUGUCGUUGCAGCAACCUUCAAGGAGUUCCUUGGCUGCUUGCCCGACUGCUUACUUCAGAGGGGCCUUUACAGCGAGUGGCUGAACGUGCUACGCGUGGAGCCAGAGUGGAAGAAGAGGGACUUCACUAUCAGUCUCUUGAAGAGGCUUCCCCCAGCCAAUGUGGAGCUCCUACGCCACAUCCUCUGCGUGCUUUGGCACAUCAGCCACCGGAGCAACGAAAACAAGAUGCCGCCUUCCAACCUGGCUGUCUGCAUUGGUCCAAGUCUGCUCAGCGCCAAGCUGGUCGAUGGCUAUCACUCUAUCACUCUUCAGUCCGAGAUAUCGGAGCAAGUGCCCCAGCUGGUGGAGUACCUCAUCGAGCACAGCGUGGACAUCUUUGGAAAGGAUUUUCUCGAGCUUUUCGGAGAAGCACCACAAAAGGAUCCGUCUCUUCAGGACUCUGGGGCCGAGGAGUCUGACAGUCCACACAGCCUGCAGGAAAGUGGAAGUGCUUUCCGAAGGGAUGACUCUUCCAUCGACAGCCUUGAAAGGGCUCUCAUGGAAGACUCUAGUCCAAAGCUGCCAAACAGAACCAAAGUGUCCCUCACGAACCUGAGCAGGGACUCUGGCCUCACCCUGAGUGACACCCAGCUAUACACUCCUGAGGAUGAAGUGGAGAUGGACAACGCCAGCUCUGCACUUCAGGGCAUGACCAAAAGUGUGCCACACCUGGAAGCAGUUGGCGUGCAAGAGUGCAUUCACAGCCGGAGCAAUGGUGUCAGCAUAGAUGGUUCCUGCAUAGAUGUCGUCCGGCGACGGAAAUGUGGCGGUGAAGUCUCUAGAAACUCUCGUCACUUAAGUCCUUGUGCUGUGUCCGGCUAUUAUGUCCGCUCUUCUCCUAUCCUGAGGGAUUUGAGAUCUCAGCAGCUCCAGUAUUCGAAGUCGUGCAACUACCGCGAUAACGACCCUAACGAGGAUGAUGUUUUGGCCGGAAACGACACACUGGUUCGGUGGCGAAAGAACCGCGGUCGCCAGCAGGGUGGCACUGCUGUGUCUUCAUUAAAUGUGGACCGUCCUUGCAGCAACCUAAUCAGGAGUGCAUCAGAGGAAAGCCUUCUCCAGAAGUACAUGGGAGAGGAACUGCCAAAGAGGCGACCCCAGCACUGCAAGGGGAAGGCUCCUCGGCCACCACUGGAAGGAAGCAAUUGGGAGAGAACGAAGAAGACAGACAGCUCGGUGGCCAUGCCUGAUAGACAUGCCUUGUGGUUUGCGAACCAAAUGAACAGUGUAGACUGGAAGCGCAGCCAGUCUACAUCCAAGAUCGAUGAGAUUGACCACUGCCAAGACGUCCCGUCGUUGAACCCAGUCUCUAAUCAGGACAUCCCGCACCUCUGCCAAGUCAAUACCAGGCCGCAAGAUUCGAGAUUCCAACCGGCGGAUAUGCUUGCUCAAGUCCACACUCCUCCUCGUGUGAACAGUGUCUGCAGUUCUUCGUCGGAGGCAAGUCAAAGGUCCCACCGGUCUCUCGAGUCAAACCGCUCGCACGAGUCCAGCCACUCGGCCCAUUCCGUCAGAUCACAAAGCUCAAGUCGGUCACGGGCCAGUCCGGGCAGACGACAGUCCCCAAGCUGCACGCUGGCAUCAGUCCAUCGGUCACCCACCAGCAAGCCCAUGGAGCCUCCCAGCUACCAAGAAGCCAUGACCCGUCGUACCCUUUUUCGGAGGUCGCAGGCAGUGUCCCAUGCAGACGAUUCCUUCCCCGAAGAACCUCCGAUGGAACCUGCUCCUUCUCUUGGAUCCAAGGCUCGACAGCUUUACGAAGAGUCUCUGAAGAUCUAUAAUGAAAAGCUUGACGAAGGCAGUGAGACCCAUCAUGCAAUCCUCGUCAAGGUCGACAGCAGUGACGAGGGGAUCUCUGAGAGUCCUCCGCCGCCUUUGCCACCGAAACCUCAUCAAAGUGUGCACCGCACAGUGAGUGAUGGUACUGGCAUCCGGCUCCGGCACCACCCACCUGUUCAUGUCAAGGACUCUCAGCUGGUCAACCGUGGGAAGUGUGUGGUGGUAUCUUCCUUCCAUGACCGUUGCCAAAACCAGGCCCUUUAUGACUUUCCCAAAGAGAUCAGCUGGAGUGUGGCUCAGCUACGGAGCCUCUUCAGCAAGCAAUCUACAGCCAAGGAUGGGGUCAACAGCCAACCAGAUUCAUUGUGUUCUGGUCAUUCACGGACAGAAUCUGUGGGGAACUCCUGCACAGGUGGUGAAGAGUCCUACGUGUAAAUACUCGCGGUGCAAGCACACAUUUGGAUGUGUGCCCAUUACUCUUGUUUCUAUGCGGGUCACUCAGGCAUGUUAUUGCUCAUUUUGAGCCAUGUAACAACGCUGAGGUUGUUCUAUGACUCCAUAGGCAUGUGCGUGUCUGGGGCAUUUUUCAUGAAAGUUCUUGCAGGCUUCCACACUUCUGUAUUUAACUAAUUUGUCAUUCAACAUAAUCGAAACAUUGCAUGUAUUUGUGCCAAAUAGCCAAAUGUAAAGCGAUGACAGUGAUAGCUGCUUGUACAGAUAACAAAAUUGGCAGUGCCUCAUCCCAUUUUGUCUUUUUAUCUAAUGGUUCUCUUUGCAUUUUGUGUAUAGGCUGAGCUCACAUGUAAUACUUGUUCCCUGCUAAUGUUUUUUUGUUUUUUUUGAAAACUCAAAUGUAAAUAGAUUGAAAUAUAUGUGGGGUGCCUUAAAGAUAGCAUUUUUGUGUCAUUCUGAGAAGUGGAGAAAUGUUUGGGCACCGUUCAUGCUUGCAACAGUUGUUUCAACUGCCCAGCAUUGUCGCGUUGUAUUUAUGGCUCGCCUUUGUAAGAUGGCAACUGAAGAGUAUCAAAUGUAGAUAUUGACAAGAGCAAUAAACUUUGUACAUGUUUUGGUCAUCUUA